AUGAGCUUUCAAAGCCACCAUGCUGAGCAAGCAGCUGAAUUACUGUUCGUUAGCUUCAACCAAGAUUCGUCAUCUCUUCAGAUUGGAUCCAAAACAGGAUUCAAGCUUUAUCCAUUGAACUCUGUGGAUACAUUGGAUUUCACCCACGAAAAUAAUGACCGGCCAAACAUUUAUCUUGUGGAGCGGCUUUUUGCCAGUAGUCUAGUUGCUUUAGUCAGCAAUGAUCAUCCACGAAAACUCGAUGUUUGUCAUUUUAAAAAAGGCUCAGAGAUUUGCAAUUACUCGUACUCAAACGCCAUUUUGGCUGUCAAGCUUAACAGAAUGAGAUUAGUGGUUUGUUUAGAAGAGAGCUUGUACAUUCACAACAUCCGUGAUAUGAAGGUUCUUCAUACCAUCCGAGAAACACCCCGAAAUCCCAAGGGUAUAUGUGCCCUAUCACCACACAAUGAACGUGCAUAUUUAGCAUACCCUGGCAGCAUUCAGGCCGGAGAGGUCCAGAUAUUUGACACAGUUACCUUGCGAGCUGUCAUCAAUAUAUCUGCUCAUGAUAACCCACUGGCUGCUGUUGCAUUUAACUCACAAGGAACACAGUUGGCUACAGCCUCAGAAAAGGGUACAGUGAUCCGAGUGUUCAGCCUUCCUGAUGGCGCUAAAUUAUUUGAAUUUCGCAGGGGUCUGAAAAGGUGUGCAGAUAUACAGUGCCUGGCAUUUAGCAUAGAUUCCCUUUUCCUGUGCACUUGCAGCAAUACAGAAACUGUGCACAUCUUCAAACUGGAGGAUCAUAAAGAGAAAUCUCAAGAAGACACAUCCUGGAUGGGCAUUCUUAAUAGUACUUUCAGAUCAUCUGCCAGUUACCUCCCUGCUGGUAUUUCAGACGUCGUAUCUCAAGGCCGAUCCUUUGCCACAGCUCGUCUGCCACAUGCGGGGCUGAAGAGUGUCUGUACUAUUGUAUCUUUACACAAAGUUCCCAGACUCCUAGUGGCUACUUAUGAAGGCCAUCUGUAUAUUUACAACAUUGAUCAGAGCGAAGGUGGUGAAUGUUCAUUGUUGCGAGCCCACACUUUGAUUGGUCAGUCAUCUGAACCCACUGUCCCUCUGGAAGAAAGCUCUAGUGAUCGACCUCUUGCGCAAGCAGGAGCAUCAGAUGAAGCCUCAUCACUCUAUGCUACAGCUGUGAGGAAGCCCCAGACUUCAUCUUUCGCAAAGGCUGUGGCUCCUACAGAUUCUUUGCCUUACCAAGACCCACUGGAUGGAGCUGUGGGGGGAGAGGAAACUCUAGGCGGACUUCGAAUUCAUGAUGACAGCGAGUUCCCUCCCAUGUCGCACAAGUCAUUGUAA